AUGGCGUUUUUAGUGCGCUUCUUUUUAGUUCUGCAUUUGAUCCUGCAACACAAGAGCUGCGCUGAGGAUUUAUUGCCUGUCAUUAUUGAUGAGCUCAACGAGCGCCUUGAAAUGGAAGCGAACAUUGUCUACAAUCCACAGUUGGAUGAACUGAAUUAUCUACUCGAAAUAAAGCCCAUGAGUCAGCUGAUUAUAAGCUCACCAAAUAGUUCCGCACUUAAUGCCAUGGAACUAAUUCAGUUCUUAGAUGAGAAAUCGCUUUUCGUGCUGCUUGUGGAGACGCCUCCAAUUGAGCUGUUCGAGCAGCUGCAUUACCUCUUUCAGAAAGCGGACUUUUUGCUGGUAUUGAAGGAAUACCCAGUGACCGAUAUUUGGCUGGAUUUUGUGCAGCAGGCCUGGGAGCUGGGCUACUACAGGCUGCUGUUCCUGCACACAGGCCGGCAGGGAGCGCUCUACAAGAAGCAAAUGUUUCCCCAACUGGAACUCAAGCCGACCAGUGUGAGCAACUAUGUCGCAACGCGUGCUCGCUUCACUGAUAUGCACGGCUUUGAGAUACGCGUGGCGGUUUACUCGAAUCCACCGCGUUGCCUCUACUAUGAAGACGAGUGGGGCGAGCCGGUCUAUGGCGGCUAUUAUAUGCGCUUCGUGCGACAUUUUCUGGCCACGCACAAUGCCAAAUUUGUGCCUGUUCACACUCCCAAUGAUUCGCCCGGACACUGCGUCAAGGCCCUGCUAGCGCGACGUGUGGAUCUGUGCGCCGAUGCACUGGCUCAGGGUUCGGAUAAGACCUUUGUCGUAACAAAUGCCAUACGCAUGGCAUAUGCCAAUAUUAUGGUUGCCAAUGCGAAACCCUUGAGCUCAUAUCGCUAUCUGGUGGCCCCGUUCCAUACGACUGUCUGGAUCUGCCUUAUUGUGUAUAUAGGCUUCAUCGUCUGCUUCAUGAGCUGCAUCCAUUGGCAGCAGCAGCGGCGUUGGAUCUUCAGCACCUUUCUGCUGGAAGCCAUCAGCUCGCUGCUGUUUACGGGCUUUGCUCUGAAGGAUCUGCAUGGACGGGAACGAUAUAUACUGUUUGGUGUGCUCUUUAUAGCGGGCUUCAUCUAUUCCACCUUCUAUCUGGGCUAUCUGAAGAGCAUACUGACCACGGAGGUGUUCGAGGAGCAGAUAAACAGCUUUGAGCAGCUGCUGGAGGCGAACAUCAGCAUUAUCAUAGACGAGUACGACAGCAACCUAACAACAAGGUAUUUUCUGCCGGAUAUGCUCUGGCCGAUCAUACAGGUGGUGCCCGAAGAGAAGCUGAAGCGGCAUCGCACCGGCUUUGACCAGCAAUACGCCUACAUACUCUUCAGCGAUCGCAUGGACCUGUACGACUAUGCGCAGAAGUAUCUGAAGCAUCCGCGCAUGCGCCGCAUACCCAUCAACAUAUUCUUUCUGUACGCCGGCUUUCCCAUGCGUGAGAGCUGGUUCUUGAAGCAGCACCUGAGCGAGGCCUGGGCAAAUGCUUUCGAGAGCGGGCUCGUGCAGAAGCUGGCACUGGAUGCCGACCAUGAGACAAUGACGUCCAGCGUGGGCUUUCUGCAUUUCCUAGCCACUGAGUACUACGAAGCGCAGUCCCUGGGACUCGAUUAUUUCGUCAUGCCGGCCAUGUCGCUGGCCUUCGGCUACGGUUUGGCGUUCCUCGCAUUUGUCAUCGAGUUGACGGCCUGGCGCAUGCGCAGGGAGCGGAUCCACUGA